ACACGGGGUUGGCGGCCAUGACCGAGACACGAAUUGCAACGCCGAUGCACGGAAUGUACGGACGCGAUAAGAAUUGCGUUAAUCAACUCUUGCACGGUCUGUACCGCUCUCUCCUCUGACGUCCGCUGGACCGUCCCGGUCGUGUACACGUGCGCACUGAUCAGUUAGUGAUUUAGGCAUGAAUAAGGGACCUGCGAGGUAGGCGCACGCGAUCUGGCCGAGUUAGCAGUCCGCGAGGCGGCCGUCCCGGGGGGUGCUUGUCAUGAAGGAAGGCGAAGCGGUCGGCGGCAAGGAGAGGAUGGACGGCGAACGGGUGCAGCAGAAGGUCUGCGAGAGCGACGAGAUCGAGAACUCGGACGAGAGUGACAGGCCGUCCGGCGAGAGAUGGGCCCCCGUCGGCGCGAACGACGGCGACAAUGAGUUCACGGACGAGUACAAAUACGUCAGUGCCAUGGAGAAUCUCACGUACGACAUGGAAAGAGUCAAGGUACUAGAGGAGGAACAAGAGAUGUUGAACUCAUCUCUGAUAGCGUUAACCACCCACUUUGCUCAGGUUCAGUUUCGUCUCCGACAAAUUGUAGAUGCGCCAGCCAGCGAGAAGGAGACAUUGCUCAAAGAGUUAGAAGAAUUUGCAUUUAGGGGAAUACCGGAUGUUCCAAAUAACUUACUAUUAGAAAGCAGAUCCGUCACGCCGGUUUCCCUUAUAUCCUGUGAUCGAAGUGUGAACGGUGUAAUCAUCGACGCGGAGAUCGAGUCUAAAAUGGCGUUGCAAAGAACGAAACAGAGAGAGCUGAUAAGCCAGCUGAAGUCCCAAUUGGAGGAUCUGGAGAAGUACGCGUACGAGACGGGCGACGCUGAUCUGCCGCAGAGCGUUAUCCUGGAGAGGCAAAAUAUCAUAAUCAGUCACCUGAAGGAGAAGCUGAACUUCAACGUCGACGAUCUGUGCAAGUUGCCGGCGGACGACCUCAGAUGGCAAGUCGAUUACGCGAUAAGUCAAAUCGUCAGCCCGUUGAAGAUGAAGGAGCAGCUGGUGUGCCAGCUGAAGACGCAGAUCGCCGACCUGGAGCGCUUCAUCAACUACCUGCAAGGCGAGGUGAGCACCGAGACUUUGGCGUGCACAUGCGCAUGUCCGGUGCACGCCGGCGGCUCGAGCGCCGGUCCCGGCGGCUCAGCCUCCUACGCGAAGCGGCACUUCGACAGAAGACCGAUCGAAGAGGACGGCAACCGCACGAGGACGCUCAACACCGUGCGUAAGGUGGUCGCGCUCCUGCACAUGUUCCUCAUGUCGCAGCUCGGCUGCGGCAGUGAGCGCGUGCGUCGUAACUUCAAGAAGAACCCGGUGCACAACUGGCGAGACCUGCGCACCAGGCUGGACAUCGCCGUGGAGCACGUGCUGGAGACGAUCGCGGAGGCGCAGCGGCAGCCGGACGACGACGAGGAGGAGGACGACGACAUCGACAACGACUACACGUCCGACUCAGACUCGGCCUCCCACGCAAACGCGAAGCUCACGUCCGCGGUGAGGAAGCACCUGGCCGCCUCGAUCCGCGACCUGAUGCAGCACGGCCUCACCUCCGACGUGCUGCGCUCCACCAGCGUCGUACCGUUCGUCGGCUGCUUCCCCCAGCGGAACGUCUCGUCGUCCAGCUUCAUGCACGCCUGGGAGCUGAUACUCAAGUAUUACGAAAUCAAGAACGGACGGCGUUACAACUCCAGUCCGGCGCAAAAGUUGUCGCAGAGCUUCAACCUGGACCUCGCGGCUGGCCGAAUAGCCUCCUCCAAACAGAGCUUGUUGACGACGAUAGGUAACAUCAUCGCUUCCCACAGCCCGUACAAGCGAAGCUACGACUCGCACUUCAAGGCGUUCAUAUGCGCGGCUUUGAACGCGAACAAGCUCGUGGUGUGGCUGAAACUGAUCCUGCAAUGCCAAUACCUUCUGGACCAUUAUUACCUCUCGUGGAGCUACGUUGUAAAGACAGGUUUCCAGGACGCGUUUCACACCUUGGAUCGCCUCACCAAUUACAAGUUUGACUUGCCGGUGGACCUGGCUGUUCGACAGUUCCAGAACAUCAAGGACGCAUUUUGAUUGUAGCGUCUCAGGUCUGCGGUCUUGUCGUUAUUGUAUUAUGUGCGAACGACAACAUAGGCAAUGUAGAAACGUACGUGUACGUUCAGUACUUUCUGUAACACAAACCAUGCAGAGUUAUACGAGCCAGCAGUAUGUAGAGUGAGUCACUGGAAACAGAGCACGCUGAAAGGUACUACUCUCUCUCUCUCUCUCUCUCUCUCUCUCUCUCUCUCUCUCUCUCUCUCGGGUUGAAGAAAUGCGAAGGAAUUUUCAAUCUAAGAGAGAAAAAGAGAGAGAGAGACUUGGCUGAUCUAUUUCACGCUGAUUUACCUUUUUUGCAUGUCAUACCAUACGUCGAACGUACGUCGGAAUCAUUUGCGCAUUCUCUCCUCGAGAAUCAAUACCGCCCCGAAACCGUUCCUUUCUCGGUCCCUGAGUGUUCGUUGUAUCAAAUGCAUAUAGAGUUGAAUUGCAAUAACUAGUAGGUGUAAUUAUUAUUUACUUUCUAAGGGGUAUAUCGUAUAUCAGUAUUGUAUAGAGAUCAGUUGUGAAUGUAUAAACCUUGUUUCUCCCGUCGGUUGCGCGCGCGCACACGACAAACGAUAUCUAUAUAUAGUCUGCAAACUUGAAGAGGGAAGCCCGAUUAGAAUCUACGAACGUGUCUAUAUCGAGAUGUUUUCCAUCACGACACGCAUACAUAAGCACGACACGUCACCUGACGUUUAAUUAAAGGGAUGGACUGAAUCAAGCGAAGCUAGUCAUGCCGAAGGAAACAUUCCGUACUUUGCAACGCGAGGUCACAAGUAUUUAUGAGCGUAUUUAAAAGACAGACAUACCAAAAAAUGUAAUCACACACGAUGUAACGCGACUAGAAUGUUGUUGCACUGGACGCAGUUUGUAUAUCGCAAAGUGUUUUAUGUAUAUCUCUGUAUAAGAGUAGCGUGUAAGCCAAAACAAUGUAAUAUAUAUAUAUAUAACACAUACACACAUACAUGAGGCGCAAACCACCUGCUUUUUAUAAGAUGAUGAAUUAUUUUAAGUUAGUUCCACGGGUAGAGAUAUAUACACUGUUACAACAAAAUAUAUAUAUAUAUACUUACGAUGCAAUGUGAAGACGUGGGUUUGUGCGACGGUUUAUCCCUCAUACGGUCGCUCUUUUUUUUGCUUUUAGUUCCGGAUGCGCUUCAGUAUCAAGAUCAAGCGUGAAGUGAACUUUGAUAUAUAUAUAUAUAUAUGUAUUGAACGAUCAGUGAAUUACAUAUGUGAGGGGAGAAAAUAGAGAAGGUCCGAGGUAAUACGAAAUCGGUCGUUUAUUUUUUGUCAAGGUUGUACAUCGGCAAAAAGUCUCGCUGGUGGUUACUUCCGCCUCGACGUGUUCGUGGCGUACACAAUUAGAUCGAUUAUUGAUUCAGCGUGAUUACUCUCCACAAUUAAAGUAGUUUUAUUGGUAGAAAUGGUAUAUAUAAAGGCAGUAUUGUCGGCAGUACAGACUCGUGAAACAUUAUCGGUUAUUU